AUGUCUGCUGUAAAUUUUGAUCAAUUCAAGCUCGGUCCACGGCUCUACAGAUCCGAGCUCGUGAGAUCAGUCGCCAUGAGGUGUUUGGCGCUGCAGCAGUUCCCAGUUGAAAACGCGAGCUUAAGCAAAGACAUUGUGCGCAUCAUGGGCUGUGUUGUCAAGGCAACCACGGAGUACGGGGAGGACUUGGCCAUGGCUGCGCUCAAAGUGUCGACGUAUCUGAAGAACGUGGACACCAUGACUUCGUCAACGCGUGUCAAUCAGAUCCUUGCAAUUGUCGAAGACCUCGAAAGCAGAAUACAGGGGCUCAUCCGCUACGGAUGGCAUGUCGAACGCGAGUGGGCCACCUAUGUGCAAGUUCCGGCGCCGGCGCCCGAUAAUUAUCCGCGCAAGAGCUCAUCCAGGUCCAGCGGUGUUUUCCCGUCGGGGUAUCUGCGCAAGCUAUACAACUGGCACGUUGUCCUGGCAAACGCAAUCACCCAAAUCCGCCAUCGCUCGGCGGAGGUCGGCUACGGCUGCUCGCAUGGCGCCAAGGAAAACAGGAAGCCCUGGGAGGCGAUGGGCGUCGUGUAUGGGCUCAACCCAAUAACUGGAGCUCCGAGUCACCAGCACGCAGUCGGACCGCAAGCCGAGCACGCAGGUGACGGACAUCCGAGGGCGCAACCCGCUGCAUUAUGCGGCGCAGAACGCGGCCGAUCUGCUGUGGUUCAAGCGGCUCAAUUAUUUCGACCAGCAGUAUAUCCGUGCGCAGAGCGAGGUUGUGCGCGAGCCGUCGCUGGCAUGGUGGAUAUAUUCGGCGAGUCUCCGCUGACUAUCGCUGCCCGUGCGGGAAACGUCAGUGCAGUCAAGUAUAUCGUUGAGGAGUCUGGCCACCACGAAUGCCUUCCCAUGAUUGUCGGUCGACUGGUUGCAGCGUCUCCGGCAGACAUUGCGUUUGCGAUGCGGCUGUCCAUGUUUUACGGAUUCAACAAGUUGUUUGAGAUGAUUUGCGCUGUAAUCCGCCGGGGGGAAUCGUCCGAUGUUACCGCUACCGCUGCCUCUGAAACGAUCGCUGCUGCUGUGGAUGUCGUGCUUAGCACUGCCAUGCAAAAGACCGGCGGGUGCUCGAUGUUCCAUCUGGCCGCUCUAAAUGACAAGCCCGAGAUGGCAAAGUGCGCGCAGAGCCAGCAUGUAUUUCGCUCCAGGGCCUUCGACCCCCAUGCCCGAGACGACACCCAUCUCACGCCGCUCGACAUCGCCAACUACUUUGGCUACCGUGCGUGUGCCGAUGUUCUGCUGACCACCUUCCCGUCGUUUCAUCCGCCCUUGGCGCUCGAGUUAAGCGUCGAGGACGAGGCGCUUCGAGUAGCGCCGUUUGUCGCCAAAAGCUAUAGCGGGCUCAGCACGCCGCCUGACACGUAUGCUGUGUUUGUCACCCUGGGUGCCAAUGACAUGCGCCGUAAUAAGCACAUGCCACCUCUUUCUCUGGACGCCGACGCCCUGAGCCGUGUACUUGUCGAAAACGGUAUGCCGCGCUCAACCCAUCUCCUCCUGCGCAUCGACUCAGAGCAAGGCAUGGAGAUAAACUGCGCCAAUGGUUGGCUCGCGGAUGUAACAUCCUUGCUUGAAGACCCGACCCGGUCCGAGCACACGUGGGACUCGUUGGCUUGCUUCCACACUGUGCACCCAGAGAGGUUUGUUCUCAAGCUCGAGCUGAUUGCAAUGGUGGACCAGGUGUUGCUGCCGCACGCCAGCGAGCAAAAGGUUGUUGCGCACGCCGCCGUGACACUGCCGCCCACCUAUAUUCCGAAGAACAGCGAGCGGAUGCCUGGCCACUAUGCACCAGUCUGCCCAGCUGGCGGGAGCUAUAUCAAUGCGGUGUUUAUCUCGGCCACGUCGGAUGAAAUCGUUGGCGACGCUAAUAUCGAUGUGUUUGUAUCCACGCCAUACAAGAAGCAGCGGCAGAGCCAAGAAAAGGCAAACAGCACCGCUGACGAUAUUCAAGCCGAAAUGCUGCCUUGGUGCAAGGAAGGCCACACUGUGGUCUACGGCCACCGCGGCUCCGGUAUGAACUUUGCCCCGUCUGUCACUCCACGCAAGCUACAGCUGGGUGAGAAUACAGUGCUGUCCAUGGAUAAGGCUAUCCGGGACGGCGUGUUAGCAGUCGAGUUUGACGUGCAGAUGACGCGGGACAUGGUCCCCGUUAUCUACCACGACUGGAUCGUCGCAGAAACGGGCCUGGAAAUCCCAGUCAGCGCUCUGACGCUGACACAGCUCCUGGCCUGCAAUCCCCGCAACCAGCCCAUUACGAAAUCACGCACGUGCGAGGAUCUGCCGAGCGGUCUGCCGAGCGGUCUGCCUCAUUGUGUGGUGCCUGGUCAUGCAUGCAAGCCCAUGCAUGUGGCCAACUCGGAGAACACAAUCCAGGCGCCGUUUGCAACGCUGAAGGAGCUGUUCGAGUCGCUUCCUGAGCACGUUGGCUUUGACAUCGAGGUCAAGUACCCGAUGCCUGAUGAGGCCGACGAGUACGGUGUAUUUGUAAACUUUGAGAUCAAUCUGUUUGUUGACCGUAUUCUCGACGUUGUCUACAGCUACAUGGAGGCGCCGACCUCGGUGCAGGGUUCCGGGCUCGAUUCUGCUCGUGGAAGCGGGGCCCAUCGUGUUCACGUCGUUCCACCCUGA